UCCAGCCAGGCAGGGGAGGGGUCGCAUCUCGGCUUGAGGCCGGGAACCGCCGGGCGCCUCGGGCCUAUCCAGACCACCCGCUCCUCAUCUGGUUCCAGUCUCUCAGCCUUCCUAGACGCGACAGGGGACAGGCGGCCAGUUUCUUGGGAUCCAAGGAGAGGGGAAAAGGGGGGUGAUGCAGCUUUUUGGAGCCUCCCGGACAAGCCACGAGUGAGGAGCACGUGAGGAAACUGAGGCUCAGAGAGAGUUGCCCUUCCUACACUCUUGGCUUGGGGUGAGGGCGCCCAGGCCAUCUCUGAGACAGGUGGACUGGCAGCUGAGAACGGGUUUUCCCAGGGUCUCAGGGCUUCCCCUGCCUAAAUACCCUGAACCAGCUCUUCUGGAAGCAUCUCUGGAGCUCAGGACAGACAAGUGAUGAGGUCCAAUUAGAAUGGACAACAUGAGUGACAUGGAUUGCUCAUCUCAGAAGAUCCAUAGAAGUGACUCGAUACAUCACAUGAGCCACUCCCAGAUGCGGCCAGAGUUGCCUCCUCUGCCUGCUUCUGCUAACGAGGAACCAUCUGAACUCUAUCAGACAGUCAUGUCGCACAGCUUUUACCCACCCUUGAUGCAACGCACAUCAUGGACUCUGGCUGCACCCUUCAAAGAGCAGCACCACCACUGUGGACCCAGCAACUCCAUUGCCAACAACUACUCCUUGAUGGCCCGGGACCUGAAGCUGAAGGACCUGCUGAAGGUCUACCAGCCCGUCACCAUCAAUGUCCGCAGGGAGAAGAUUGUUCAGGGGCUGCCAUUAGCAAAUAAAAGUUCAUCAGAGCCUAACAAGAAGAAAAUGAAGUUCUCCCCCAAAGACAAAGAAGAUCUCACUGGGACAAGGUUGGCCUGCAACACCUCAACCUCCUUACCUAUGAGGACGGAGGUGGUGACAUCUUUGACUCUCCCAGGAAGCAGACCAAUGAGUCCAGAAGAACAGAUUGAUGUGAUGUUGCAGCAGGAGAUGGAAAUAGAAAGUCGAGAAACCAAACCAACUGAAUCAGACUUGGAGAGAUACUAUUACUAUUUGACCAAUGGAGUCCAAAAAGACAUGAUUGCCCCUGAGGAGGAUGAAGUGAUGGUUCGGAUUUCAAAGCUGAUUUCUAACACACUGCUGACAAGUCCCUUCCUGGAACCCCUGAUGACUGUCCUUGUGGAGGAGAAGGAAAAUGACUAUUACAGUAGCCUCAUGAAAAGCAUUGUUGAUUACAUCCUCAUGGAUCCAAUGGAGAGGAAAAGACUCUUCAUCGAGAACAUCCCCCGAGCAUUUCCUCAAAGAGUGAUCCGGGCCCCUGUGCCCUGGCACAGUGUCUACAGGAAUGCCAAGAAGUGGAACGAGGACCAUCUGCACACAGUGAACCCCAUGAUGCUCAGCCUGAAACAACUGUGGUUUACAGAAUUUAAAGACCUCAGGUUUGUUCGAACAGCAGAAUUACUGGCGGGAAAAUUACCUCUGCAGCCUCAUGAAUAUCAGGAUGUCAUCCAGAAACACUGCAUGGAAGCACGCCAAAUUCUUCUCAACAAAUGGAUCCCCACCUGUGCCCAGCUUUUUGUCUCCCAGAAGGAGCAGUGGGUCCUUUUUGCUCCCAAGAGUGACUGUGACUCCUCUCGUCGCAUUGAGGAAUAUUUUGCUUCUGUUGCAUCCUUCAUGUCACUCCAGCUCAGGGAGUUGGUCAUUAAGUCUCUGAAGGACCUCGUUUCCUUUUUCUUGAUACACAAGGAUGGGAAUGAUUUUGAAGAGCCCUACCAAGAGAUGGAGUUCUUUAUACCUCAGCUGAUCAUGAUCAAGCUUGAAGUCAAUGAGCCCAUUAUUGUCUUUAAUCCAUCUUUUGAUGACUGCUGGGAAUUAAUACACAACUCUUUCUUGGAAAUUAUUAAGAACUCUAGGGGGAUUCCCAAGGUGGAAUCUAUCCUGUUCCCAGAGUUGAAAGGAUAUAAUCUGAUUCUUGGAACUGUUAAUGCUGAUGAAAAACUGGUUUCUGACUUUGUGGAUCAAACUUUAGAGGUAUUUCAGAAAAAUCAAGUUGGCCCCUACAAAUACUUAAAUGUAUACAAGAAGUAUGAUGACUUAUUGGAUAACACGGCAGAGCAAAACAUCACUGCGUUCCUGAAAGAAAAUCAUGAAAUUGAGGAUUUUGUGAUGAGGAUCAAUAGCAUAAAUAAGCGGAGAAAUGAAAUUGCAUCCAUGCACAUUACCGUGCCUUUGGCCAUGUUCUGCCUUGACACCAUGACCCUAAAUUAUGAUAUCUGUGAGCGAGCCCAAAAUCUUAAAGACCAUCUGAUUCAAUUCCAAGUGGAUGUAAACCGGGACACCAACACCAGCAUCUGUAAUCAGUACAGCAUCAUUGCAAACAAAGUCAGUGAGAUUCCUGUCAACACUGGGGAACUAGUAUCCCUCAUUGAAUUCUUAAAGAAAUCUAGUGAUGUCACCGUGUUCAAACUCAGGAGGCAACUUAGAGAUGCAGCUGAACGGCUAAAGUUCCUGAUGGACUAUGCAGACUUGCCCCAAGAGGAUAUCAAACUGAACAGUACUCUGUUCCUCUGGCCAGACCAGAUUGAAGAUAUCUUUGAAAACAGCCGAAACCUUCUCCUUAGCAAGAGGGAUCAGGCAGAGAUGGACCUCAUUAAAAGAUGCUCAGAAUUUGAGGCAAAACUUGAGGGCUACAAAAAGGAACUGGAAGGUUUUAGGAAACGUGAAGUGAAGACUACAGAAGAAAUGAAGAGCAGUGUUGAAAAGCUUAAUGAGCUUUCAAAGAAUCUAGAUCAAGCAUUGGUGGAAUCUGAGUUGAUCAAUAAGGAGGAGGAGCUGUUGGAAAAGGAGAAGAGUACCUUCCCUCUUCUACAAACCAUGAUGACCAACAAAGUGCCUUAUGAGCAGCUGUGGGUGACAGCCUACGAGUUUAGCAUCAAAUCGGAGGAAUGGAUGAAUGGACCCCUCUUUUCACUGAAUGCUGAGGAAAUCGCGGAGAAAAUAGAGAAUAUGUGGAGGACGAUAUAUAAAUUGACCAAGACCUUAGCUGACGUGCCUGCACCCAGGCGCUUAGCAGAGAAUGUGAAAAUCAAGAUUGAUAAAUUCAAGCAGCACAUCCCUAUCCUCAGCAUUUCCUGCAACCCAGGAAUGAAAGACCGGCACUGGCAGCAGAUUAGUGAGAUUGUCGGCUGUGAAAUAAAGCCCACUGAAAGGACUUGCCUCUCAAAUAUGCUGGAAUUUGGAUUUGGAAAAUUCAUUGAAAAACUGGAGCCCAUUGGUGCAGCUGCCAGUAAGGAAUACUCUCUGGAGAAAAACUUGGAGAAAAUGAAGUUAGACUGGGUUAACAUGACGUUCAACUUCAUGAAGUACAGGGACACCGAUACAAGCAUCUUGUGUGCAGUUGAUGACAUUCAACUGCUGCUUGAUGAUCACGUGAUAAAGACCCAGACCAUGUGUGGCUCUCCAUUUGUCAAACCAAUAGAAACAGAAUGCCGGAACUGGGAAGAAAAGCUAGUUCGCGUGCAGGAAAUUUUGGAUGCCUGGUUAAAAUGCCAAGCUACCUGGCUGUACCUGGAACCAAUCUUCAGUUCAGAGGACAUCAUAGCCCAGAUGCCAGAAGAGGGCAGGAAAUUUGCCAUCAUUGAUAAUUACUGGAAAUCACUCAUGUCCCAAGCCGUAAAAGAUACCAGGGUUCUGGUGGCAACAGACCAACCACGGAUGGCUGAGAGGCUUCAAGAAGCUAACCUUCUGUUGGAGGACAUCCAGAAGGGGCUGAAUGAUUACUUGGAGAAGAAGAGACUAUUUUUCCCCAGGUUCUUCUUCCUAUCAAAUGAUGAGCUGUUGGAGAUCUUGUCAGAGACAAAGGACCCCCUCCGAGUUCAACCACACCUGAAGAAGUGCUUUGAAGGAAUUGCCAAGCUGGAGUUUACAGACAGUCUGGAGAUUGUGGGCAUGAUCAGCUCAGAAAAAGAAAUCGUUCCAUUCAAACAGAAAAUCUCCCCAGCUCAAGCCAAAGGCAUGGUGGAAAGAUGGCUCCAGCAGGUGGAACAGAUGAUGCUUGCCAGUAUGCAGGAAGUUAUUAGACUUGGGAUUGAAGCAUAUGUCCAGGUCCCUCGUAAUCAGUGGGUCUUGCAGUGGCCUGGCCAGGUGGUUAUCUGUGUCUCCUCCAUCUUUUGGACCCAGGAGGUUUCCCAAGCCCUGGUUGAAAAGACCCUACCGGAUUUUCUGGAAAAGAGCAAUGAUCAGAUUGCACAGAUUGUCCAGCUGGUGCGAGGGAAGCUGAGCAGUGGGGCUCGACUCACCCUUGGGGCCCUCACAGUCAUCGAUGUCCACGCUCGUGAUGUGGUCGCCAAGUUAUCUGAAGACAAUGUCUGUGAUCUGAAUGAUUUCCAGUGGAUCUCCCAACUGCGCUACUACUGGGAUGCCAAGGAUGUACAGGUGCAGAUGAUCACUACAGAAGCCUUAUACGGCUAUGAGUACCUGGGAAACUGCCCCCGGCUGGUGAUUACGCCCCUCACUGACCGCUGCUACAGGACACUGAUGGGGGCUUUGAAGCUGAACCUUGGGGGAGCCCCAAAGGGUCCAGCUGGGACAGGCAAGACAGAAACCACCAAAGAUCUAGCCAGAGCUUUGGCCAAGCAGUGUGUGGUCUUCAACUGCUCAGAUGGUCUAGAUUACAAAGCCAUGGGGAAGUUCUUCAAAGGGCUGGCCCAGGCUGGAGCAUGGGCCUGCUUUGAUGAGUUCAACAGGAUUGAGGUAGAAGUGCUGUCUGUGGUAGCUCAGCAGAUUCUCAGCAUUCAACAAGCCAUUAUCCGGAAGCUAAAGAUGUUCAUCUUUGAAGGCACUGAGCUCUCUCUGAACCCAACCUGUGCUGUCUUCAUCACCAUGAACCCUGGGUAUGCUGGCAGGGCUGAGCUGCCAGAUAACCUCAAGGCCUUGUUUCGGACAGUGGCCAUGAUGGUGCCAGAUUAUGCCCUCAUUGGAGAAAUCUCCCUCUACUCUAUGGGGUUUCUAGACUCCAGAAGUCUUGCCCAGAAGAUUGUUGCAACCUACCGCCUGUGUUCAGAGCAACUUUCCUCCCAGCAUCACUAUGACUAUGGCAUGCGUGCUGUCAAGUCUGUGCUCACUGCCGCUGGCAACCUGAAGCUGAAGUAUCCAGAGGAGAAUGAGAGUGUCCUGCUGCUCCGGGCCUUGCUUGAUGUCAACAUGGCCAAGUUCUUGGCUCAAGAUGUCCCUCUAUUUCAGGGAAUUAUAUCAGAUUUGUUUCCUGGAGUUGUUCUUCCAAAACCAGACUAUGAAGUUUUUAUGGAAGUGCUGAAUGAGAACAUCAAAAAGAUGAAACUCCAGCCAGUACCUUGGUUUAUUGGAAAAAUUAUCCAGAUAUACGAGAUGAUGCUGGUAAGACAUGGCUUUAUGAUUGUCGGAGACCCCAUGGGUGGCAAGACCUGUGCUUACAAAGUGUUGGCCGCAGCUCUGGAUGAUUUACACGAAGCCAACCAGAUGGAGGAAUUUGCUGUGGAGUAUAAGAUCAUUAACCCCAAGGCUAUCACCAUGGGGCAGCUGUAUGGGUGCUUUGACCAAGUGAGCCAUGAGUGGACAGAUGGUGUCCUUGCCAAUGCUUUCCGGGAGCAAGCAUCGACUUCGUCUGAUGACCGCAAGUGGAUUAUAUUUGAUGGGCCAGUGGAUGCUGUUUGGAUUGAAAAUAUGAACACUGUUCUGGAUGACAAUAAAAAGCUUUGUUUAAUGAGUGGAGAGAUUAUCCAGAUGAGCUCCAAGAUGAGUCUGAUCUUCGAGCCAGCUGACCUGGAGCAGGCCUCCCCCGCCACUGUGAGCAGGUGUGGGAUGAUCUACAUGGAGCCCCAUCAGCUAGGCUGGAAGCCCCUGAAGGAUUCAUACAUGGACACCCUGCCUUCCAGUCUCACCGAGGAACACAAGGAAUUGAUCAAUGACAUGUUCAUGUGGCUCAUCCAGCCCUGCCUGGAAUUUAUUCACCUUCAGUGUAAAUUUGUGGUCCAAACAUCUCCCAUCCACCUUGCCUUCUCAAUGAUGAGACUGUACUCCUCUCUGCUAGAUGAAAUCAGGGAAAUAGAAGAGAAGGAAAGUGAAUUAUUUGAAAGCCUGACAAGCCAACAGAUCUUCCUCUGGCUGCAAGGCCUAUUCCUUUUUGCCUUGGUGUGGACCGUGGCUGGCACCAUCAACGCAGACAGCAGAAAGAAAUUUGAUCUGUUUUUCCGCAACCUCAUCAUGGGUAUGGAUAAUAACAACCCAAGACCCAAAAGCGUCAAACUCACCAAAAACAACAUCUUUCCAGAAAGAGGAAGCAUCUAUGAUUUUUAUUUCCUCAAGCAAGGUGGUGGACAUUGGUACACAUGGACAGAGUAUAUCACCAAAGAGGAGGAAGAUAUCCCAGCAGAUGCAAAGGUCUCAGAACUCAUCAUCCCCACAAUGGAAACAGCCCGGCAGUCCUUCUUCUUGAAGACCUACCUGGACCAUGAGAUUCCAAUGCUGUUCGUAGGACCCACGGGCACUGGCAAAUCAGUCAUCACCAACAACUUCCUUUUCCGCCUUCCCCAAAAUACUUAUCUGCCCAACUGCAUCAAUUUCUCUGCCAGAACUUCAGCCAGUCAGACCCAGGAUAUCAUCAUGUCCAAGCUGGAUCGACGGCGGAAGGGCCUUUUUGGGCCUCCCAUAGGGAAGAAAGCAGUGGUAUUUGUGGAUGACCUCAACAUGCCAGCCAAAGAGGUGUAUGGGGCCCAGCCCCCCAUUGAGCUCCUGAGGCAAUGGAUUGACCACGGUUACUGGUUUGACAAGAAGGACACAAACAAGCUGGGCAUUGUUGAUGUGCUGCUUGUGACAGCCAUGAGCCCCCCUGGUGGAGGAAGAAAUGACAUUACUGGACGAUUCACUCGCCAUCUGAAUAUCAUUUCCAUCAAUGCCUUUGAGGAUGACAUUUUAACCAAGAUUUUCAGUUCAGUCACUGACUGGCACUUUGGAAAAGGGUUUGAUGUGAUGUUCUUAAGGUAUGGAAAGUUGCUGGUACAAGCUACGAUGACAAUUUAUAAAGCUGCAGUGGAGAAUUUCUUGCCAACUCCCUCCAAGUCACACUAUGUCUUUAACCUGCGGGACUUCUCACGGGUGAUCCAAGGGGUAUUGCUCUGCCCUCACACCCACCUACAGGAUGUAGAAAAAUUUAUCCGGCUUUGGAUCCAUGAGGUUUACCGGGUCUUCUAUGACCGUCUGAUUGAUCAUGAGGACAGACAGGUCUUUUUCAACACGGUGAGGGAAACCACCUCCAAUUGCUUCAAGAAGUCUGUGGAAAAGGUCCUCAUCCACCUGUCACCCACUGGAAAGAUAGUUGAUGAUAAUAUCCGUAGCCUCUUCUUUGGAGAUUUCUUCAAGCCAGGAAGUGACCAAAAAAUCUAUGAUGAGAUCACUGACUUAAAACAGCUCACAGUGGUCAUGGAGUAUUACCUGGAAGAGUUCAACAACAUCAGCAAGGCCCCCAUGUCCUUGGUCAUGUUUAGGUUCACCAUUGAGCACAUCUCCAGGAUAUGCAGGGUCCUGAAGCAGGAGAAAGGCCACUUGCUCCUGGUGGGCAUUGGGGGCAGUGGGCGGCAAAGUGCCAGCAAACUGUCCACAUUCAUGAACUCAUAUGAGCUGUACCAGAUCGAGAUCACUAAGAGCUACUCAGACAAUGACUGGCGAGAGGACCUGAAGAAGAUCAUGCUACAGGUUGGUGUGGCCUCCAAGAGUACUGUGUUCCUCCUCACCGAUAACCAGAUCAAGGACGAGUCAUUCACUGAGGACAUCAACGUGCUUCUGAACACGGGAGACGUGCCCAACAUCUUCCCCGCUGACGAGAAGGCUGACCUUGUGGAGAAGAUGCAAAUGGCAGCAAGGACAGAAAGUGAGAAGAUCGAAACCACUCCUCUUUCUAUGUAUAACUUCUUUAUUGAGAGAGUGAAAAACAACCUUCACAUUGUCCUUGCCAUGAGUCCGAUUGGGGACGCCUUCCGGAACCGCCUGCGGAUGUUCCCUUCCCUGAUCAAUUGCUGCACAAUUGACUGGUUCCAGUCUUGGCCCACAGAUGCCCUGGAAUUGGUAGCCAACACAUUUCUAGAAGAUGUGAAGCUCGAUGACAAUAUUCGGAUAGAGGUCAUCUCCUUGUGCACAUAUUUCCAGGAGAGUGUGAAAAAGCUGUCGCUUGAUUAUUACAACACAUUUCGCAGACACAACUACGUUACCCCCACCUCCUACCUCGAAUUGAUCCUAACCUUCAAGACACUCCUGAAUAGGAAGAGGCAAGAGGUGGAUAUGAUGAGGAACCGCUACCUGACAGGCCUGCAGAAACUUAAAUUUGCCGCUUCACAGGUGGCCGUCAUGCAAGUAGAACUGACUGCCCUCCAACCCCAACUCAUUCAGACCUCUGAGGAGACUGCUAAGAUGAUGGUGAAAAUUGAAGGGGAGACGCGAGAAGCUGAUGCCAAGAAACUUCUGGUGCAAGCUGACGAAGAAGAAGCCAAUGCUGCUGCCGCCAUUGCUCAAGGAAUCAAGAGCGAAUGUGAAGGGGAUCUGGCAGAGGCAAUGCCGGCCCUGGAGGCUGCACUCGCUGCACUGGACACCCUGAACCCAGCAGACAUCUCACUGGUGAAGUCGAUGCAGAACCCACCAGGUCCUGUCAAGCUGGUCAUGGAGAGCAUCUGUGUGAUGAAGGGGCUGAGACCAGAGAGGAAGCCAGACUCCAGUGGCAGCGGUAAAAUGAUAGAAGAUUACUGGGGGGUAUCAAGAAAGAUUCUCAGCGAUCUGAAAUUCUUGGAGAGUCUUAAGACAUACGACAAAGACAACAUCCCACCAAUGAUCAUGAAGCGGAUCCGGGAAAGGUUUAUUGAUCACCCAGAUUUCCAGCCGGCUGUUAUUAAAAAUGUGUCAUCUGCGUGCGAGGGUCUGUGCAAGUGGGUGAGGGCCAUGGAGGUGUAUGAUCGUGUGGCCAAAGUGGUAGCUCCUAAACGGGAGCGGCUGAAGGAGGCUGAGGGGAAGCUGGACACACAGAUGCAAAAACUGAACCAGAAGCGAGCAGAGCUGAAGCUGGUGGAAGGCCGCCUCCAGGCCCUGAACGAUGACUUUGAAGAGAUGAAUACCAAGAAAAAGAUGUUGGAGGAAAACAUUGAAAUCUGUUCCCAAAAGUUGAUCAGAGCAGAAAAACUGAUCAGUGGUCUUGGGGGAGAGAAGGACAGAUGGACAGAAGCUGCCCGGCAGCUGGGUGUCCGCUAUACUAAUCUGACAGGGGAUGUGUUGUUGUCCUCUGGGACCGUGGCUUACCUGGGGGCCUUUACCAUGGAUUAUCGGGCUGAGUGCCAAAAGUGGUGGUUGGCCCAAUGUAAGGACAAGGUCAUCCCCGGCUCCAGUGACUUUAGUCUUAGCAACACAUUAGGAGACCCUGUAAAAAUUCGUGCCUGGCAGAUUGCUGGGCUGCCCACUGACUCCUUCUCCAUUGACAAUGGCAUCAUUGUAGCCAAUUCCAGGCGCUGGGCCUUAAUGAUUGACCCUCAGGGGCAGGCCAAUAAGUGGAUCAAGAAUAUGGAGAAAGCAAAUAGGCUUUCAGUCAUCAAGUUCUCGGAUACCAACUAUGUGAGGACGCUGGAACACGCUCUGCAGUUUGGUACCCCGGUCUUACUAGAAAAUGUUGGGGAGGAGCUGGAUGCCUUUAUUGAACCCAUCUUGCUCAAGUCCACGUUCAGACAGCGAGGGGUUGAGUACAUGAGGCUUGGUGAAAACAUCAUUGAAUAUUCCAGGAAUUUUAAGUUAUACAUCACAACCCGUUUGAGGAACCCACAUUAUCUCCCUGAAGUCGCCAUGAAAGUCUGUCUCCUCAACUUUAUGAUCACCCCCUUGGGCCUCCAAGAUCAACUCCUUGGCAUCGUGGCUGCCAAGGAGAAGCCAGAACUGGAAGAGAAAAAGAACAAGUUGAUUGUGGAAAGUGCCAAGAACAAGAAGCAGCUAAAAGAAAUUGAAGAUAGAAUCUUGGAGGUCCUUUCCCUUUCAGAAGGCAACAUCCUUGAGGACGAGACUGCCAUCAAAAUUUUGUCCUCCUCCAAACUGCUUUCCAAAGAAAUCUCUGAGAAACAGGAAAUUGCUUCGAUGACAGAAAUGCAGAUCGAUGAGACUCGCAUGGGCUACAAGCCAGUGGCUGUCCACUCUGUCACCAUCUUCUUUUGUAUCUCUGACCUGGUCCACAUUGAACCCAUGUACCAGUACUCCCUGACAUGGUUCAUAAACCUCUACAUGCACUCCCUGGCCCAUAGCAGGAAGAGCGAGGAGCUAGAGCUACGAAUUGAGUACAUCACUGAACAUUUCACUCUAAGCAUCUACAACAAUGUCUGCCGCUCUCUGUUUGAGAAGGACAAGCUGCUUUUCUCCCUCCUCUUGACGAUAGGCAUCAUGAAAGAGAAAAAGCAAAUUAACGAGGAAAUUUGGUACUUUCUUCUAACUGGAGGCGUUGCCCUGGACAACCCCUUCCCCAACCCAGUUUCCGAAUGGCUGUCUGAGAAGGCGUGGGCAGAAGUGGUUCGUGCGUCCGCGUUGCCAAAACUGAAAGGCCUCAUGGAACAUUUGGAACAAAAUGCUAAUGAAUGGAAGCUGAUCUAUGACUCAGCCUGGCCCCAUGAGGAGGUGUUCCCUGGAUCUUGGAAAUUUCUUCAAGGUUUGGAGAAGAUGGUGAUCCUCCGAUGUCUGCGGCCUGACAAAAUGAUUCCAGCCAUUCGGAAGUUCAUUGCCGAACACAUGGGAAACGUAUACACUGAAGCCCCUACGUUUGAUCUCCAGGGGUCCUACAAUGAUUCCAGCUGCUGCGCACCAUUGAUAUUCGUGUUGUCUCCGGGUGCAGACCCAAUGGCAGGCCUGCUGAAAUUUGCUGAUGAUCUUGGCAUGGGAGGUGCCAAAACACAGGCCAUCUCCCUUGGCCAAGGCCAAGGCCCUAUUGCUGCCAAAAUGAUUAACACUGCCAUCAAAGAUGGGACCUGGGUGGUCUUACAGAACUGUCAUCUGGCCACGAGCUGGAUGCCUGUGCUGGAGAAGAUCUGUGAGGAGGUGAUUGUUCCUGAGAGCACUAAUAUGGGAUUCAGACUCUGGUUAACCAGCUAUCCAUCAGAAAAGUUUCCAGUCAGCAUCCUCCAGAAUGGGAUUAAAAUGACCAAUGAGCCCCCCAAAGGGCUCCGGGCCAACCUUUUGCGCUCUUACCUCAAUGACCCCAUCUCAGACCCCGUGUUCUUCCAAAGCUGUACAAAAGCAGUGAUGUGGCAAAAGCUGGUGUUUGGCCUUUGCUUCUUCCAUGCCGUCGUUCAAGAGAGGAGAAAUUUUGGACCCCUAGGUUGGAAUAUUCCUUAUGAAUUCAACGAAUCCGACCUGAGGAUUAGUAUGCAGCAGAUCCAGAUGUUUCUGAAUGACUACAAGGAGGUGCCGUUGGAUGCUCUGACCUACCUGACAGGGGAAUGUAAUUAUGGAGGCAGAGUGACAGAUGACAAAGACAGAAGGCUCCUGCUAUCCCUUCUGUCCACAUUCUACUGUAAGGAAAUUGAGCAGGACCACUACUAUCUUGCUCCUGGAGACACUUACUACAUCCCUCCUCAUGGCUCCUACCAGUCCUAUAUUGAAUAUGUCAGGAACCUCCCUAUCACAGCACACCCAGAAGUGUUUGGCCUGCACGAGAAUGCCGACAUCACCAAAGGCAACCAGGAAACCAACCAGCUGUUUCAAGAGGUGCUGCUGACCCUCCCUAGGCAGUCAGGAGGGAGUGGCGAGUCCCCUCAGGAAGUGGUUGAGGAGCUGGCCCAGGACCUACUCUCCAAGCUUCCCGAUGACUUUGACUUGGAGUUGGUCACGAAGUUGUACCCUGUGGUCUAUGAUGAAUCUAUGAACACUGUCCUAAGGCAAGAGCUCAUCAGAUUCAACAGAUUGACCAAAGUGGUUCGCAUAAGCCUCAUCGACCUUGGCCGAGCAAUUAAAGGGCAGGUUUUGAUGUCCUCGGAGCUGGAGGAUGUCUUCAGUAGCAUGCUUGUGGGUAAAGUGCCGGCCAUGUGGAUGGCCAAGUCCUACCCAUCACUGAAGCCCCUGGGAGGCUACGUGGCUGACCUGCUAGCCCGCUUGGCCUUCUUCCAGGAAUGGAUUGACAACGGGCCUCCUGUGGUCUUUUGGAUCUCUGGAUUCUACUUUACACAGUCUUUUUUGACAGGUGUCUCUCAGAAUUAUGCUCGGAAAUAUGCCAUCCCCAUUGACCACAUCGGAUUUGAGUUUGAGGUAACCACACAAGAAACAGUCAUGGAGAAUAACCCAGAAGAUGGGGCCUACAUAAAAGGACUCUUCUUAGAAGGUGCCCGUUGGGACAGGGAAACCAUGCAGGUCGGGGAGUCUCUCCCCAGAAUCCUCUAUGACCCAUUGCCCAUUAUUUGGCUAAAACCUGGGGAAAAUGCAAUGUUUCUGCAUCAGAACAUUUAUGUGUGUCCAGUCUACAAAACAAGUGCCCGAAGAGGUAUCCUGUCCACCACAGGCCACUCCAGCAACUAUGUCCUAUCCAUUGAACUCCCAACCGACAGGCCCCAGAAGCACUGGAUAAACCGAGGAGUAGCCUCACUGUGCCAGCUAGAUAACUGAUGGCAUCUGUCUCAACACAGAAAAUAAAAGGAAUUUCAUUCUUGACUGCAAUCUAGCUUUCCUUUCUUGCUAGUCACAUGGGAUGAUGAUGAUGA